UGGGUCCUGCGAGGCGCGCCUGCGCCGUACAGCCCCGCACGUGUUCGAGCCUCAAGCUUCCGCUGGCGCUGGAGUUUGUUGAGGAUGCAAACCGAGAUGGAGGCACAGAGUCCCUUGGCCGAGGCCGGCUUCACCCAGGUCACCCGAAAAGGUGGCCGGCGGGCGAAGAAACGGCAGGCUGAGCAGCUGUCCGCGGCGGAGGAGGGCGGGGACGCGUCCCGCAUGGACACCGAGGAGGCCCGGCCCGCCAAGAGGCCCUUCUUCCCGCCCCUCUCCGGGGACGGGUUUCUGGGUGGGAAAGAAGAAACCAGAAAAAUUCCAGUCCCAGCUAACAGAUACACUCCCUUAAAAGAGAACUGGAUGAAGAUAUUUACUCCUAUUGUGGAGCAUUUGGGACUUCAGAUACGCUUUAACUUGAAAUCGAGGAAUAUAGAAAUCAGGACUUGUAAAGAAACCAAAGAUGUUAGCGCUCUGACAAAAGCAGCUGAUUUUGUGAAAGCCUUUCUUCUUGGGUUUCAGGUAGAGGAUGCACUUGCCCUCAUUAGGUUGGAUGACCUCUUCCUAGAGUCUUUUGAAAUUACAGAUGUUAAGCCCUUAAAGGGAGACCACCUGUCGAGGGCAAUAGGAAGAAUCGCUGGCAAAGGAGGAAAAACCAAAUUCACCAUCGAGAACGUGACACGGACGCGGAUAGUUUUAGCUGAUGUGAAAGUUCACAUCCUCGGUUCUUUCCAAAACAUCAAGAUGGCAAGAACUGCCCUCUGCAACCUCAUCCUGGGAAAUCCUCCAUCAAAGGUUUAUGGCAAUAUUCGUGCUGUGGCUAGCAGAGCGGCAGACCGAUUCUGAUUUCAAAUCAGAGACUUCUUAUCUUGUCUUUGAACUCUAGAGAAAAAGCCUUUCCCCUCUACAAGUGGUCACCAGACACCAUGUGAAGACCUUUUCAGUCAUGGAUACCAUUAUUUAUACUAGCACAUUAAGUAUAAUUUAUUUUUUCCAUUUUAAAUCACAUGUAGAUUUGCAUAGUUUAUAAUCCUCUCAUUUGGAGGGAAACUUAUUUAAAAAAACAUUUCUAUAUUAGCUUCUAAUUUUUUGUUUAUAAAUUUAUAAAAAGUUAUUUCUUCUCUAUGAGUUGUAAUAAAAUAAUUAUCUCAGAAAA